GACUCGUGUUGCAGUAAAUUCCAUGGAGAAGCUGCGGAAGGUGGUGAACGAAAUCGCCUACACGCGAGACCGCACUAAUUCCCCUGCGCUUCACCGUUCUCUCGUUCCCUUCCUGACAUUCGCUUCUUCUCUCUACGGAGUCGCUCUCCAAAUCCGCCGCUCUCUCUACCGCUCCUCCUUCUUACAGCAACACCGUUUGCCGGUCCCGGUGAUCAGCGUUGGGAAUCUGAGCUGGGGAGGAAAUGGGAAGACGCCAAUGGUUGAAUUCAUUACGCAAUUACUCGUCGAUUCUGGAAUCUCACCGCUUAUUCUCACUCGUGGUUAUGCUGGUGGAGAUGAAGCCAAAAUGCUUGAAAGACAUCUCCAAGGUGGACCGACAAAGAUCGGUGUUGGAGCAAACCGUGCAGCUACUGCUGCCUUGUUUUUCGAAAAAUAUGGAUGUGCAAAUCCUUCUAGUAUAAGAACAUUCUUUGAUCAAUCUUUUGAAACAACACAAGCCAAGACCAUUUCACAUAAAAUUGGGUCUGUCAUUCUAGAUGAUGGGAUGCAGCAGCAUUGGAGUUUGUGUCGUGACCUCGAGAUUGUGAUGCUUAACGGGCUGGAUCCUUGGGGAAACGGUAAUUUAGUUCCCCUUGGUCCCUUACGAGAGCCUCUUGCAGCACUUGAGCGGGCAGAUAUAGUUGUAGUGCAUCACGUGGACUUGAUAACUGAACAAAGCCUCAGAGAUAUUGAGAGCACGAUAAAAGGGUUCAAAAACUCGAUCCCGGUUUUCUUCUCCAAGAUGGUUCCCAAAUACUUAUUUGAUGUUAAAAAAGCUAAGUCGUAUGUAGCUUUAGAAGCAUUGUGCGAUGCAACUGUGCUAUGUGUUUCCGCAAUUGGAUCCGCUGAAGCAUUUGUCAGAACCAUUGGGAUGACUGGAGCACGUUAUGUUGAUAGACUUGAUUUUAGUGAUCAUUAUUUAUUUCAAGCACAGGAUGUCGAAACUAUGAGUAGGCGAGCAAAUGGACUAGAAAACAAAUCUAAUUCCAAGCCUAUCAUUGUGGUAACCGAAAAGGAUUAUAACAGGGAUUCAGAGAUUUUCAAAUGUCUGGACUCAUACACAGUUUUGGUAUUAUGCUCUGAGUUGCAAAUAAGUUCUUGUAGAGGAACUGAUGUGGAUAGAUUUAAAUCUACACUGCGUAGAGUUGUAGCUGCUAAGUUUUGUGUUUCCAUUUAGACUUAAGGUUAUCUUACUCCAAUCCUUUGUUGUGUCAUUACUCUUUCCAUACUAGAAGUUUUGAGGGAGUUUAGUUUAUUCUAAA